AUGUGUGCAUAUGACUGUCCCAGGAUUCCUGGAAAUUCUGAAAGUAGUUUUGAAACUGCAGGAAAAAUAUAUUUGGAAAAUUGUGGGGAAUCUGCUCUAGAGAGAGCUGCAGAAUGUUUUCUUCUUGCUGGAUGUUACAAGACUGCAGCAGAAGUUUAUGCAAGAGGCAACUAUUUCUCAAAAUGCUUGUCUCACUGGAAACAACUUGCAAAUGCAGAUGAAGAAAUAGUCAAAAGAAGUAAGGAUAUGGAGGAACUUAAACAAAAGUUUUUGGAGAGCUGUGCACAUCAUUACCAUGAGGUUAAUGAUAAGAGAACAAUGAUGAAUUAUGUCCAAGCUUUUGAUUCCAUGAGUUCAAAACGAACAUUCUUGCAGUCCUUAGAGUGUCUUGAUGAGCUUCUUCUUCUUGAAGAAGAAUCGGGGAACUUCUUGGAGGCAGCAAACAUUGCAAAGUUGAGAGGUGAACUUCUACUUGGGGCUGAUCUGCUUGGAAAGGGUGCACAAUUUGAGGAGGCCACGCUUAUUAUCCUCUGGUUUGUGUUUGCCAACUCUCUAUGGUUAACUGGGAGUAGGGGAUGGCCAUUGAAGCAGUUUACAGAGAAAGAGAAGCUUCUAACAAAAGCCAAGUCAUUUGCAAAGAAGUUGUCAAACCAGUUUUAUGGGCUUGUUUGUUCAGAGGCUGACAUUUUACUGAAUAAGCCAAGCAACUUAUUCUUGAUGAAACAAUAUUUAACUGCUUCUCAGAAGCACAAGAGUACCCGAGGUGAAAUAUUAACUGCUCGAAUGAUUCUAGAUCAUCACCUUCAUUUAAAUAUCUCAAAAUAUGAAGGGAUGGAUGACUUGGUUUUUGAUCUAGCAAGCUAUUCUGAAGAGCAAAUUUCUAAUAACCAGGUUUCCACUGAGACACUGGUCUACUUUUGGAAUUUCUGGAAGGAUAAAAUCGUGAAGAUAUUUGAGUAUCUUGAUCAUGCUGGAAUCAAAGAUAACAGUGAUCAUAGAAAAUAUGGAGAAUUCUGCUUGAAUUAUUUUGGUGUGUGGAGACAGUUUAAGAAUCAGAGUACUGUAUAUCUUCUGCCGAAUUCUGAUGCUGAAUGGGUGAGAAAACUGGAGAACAAACAUGUUUGCAGUAAUCAGAAGCAGGUUUCUAUUUCUCUCGGUCAAUUUGUCUCAGCUGCAAUGAGUUAUUGGUGUUCAGAAUUACUCUCUGUUGGCCAAAAAGUUCUGACAAAGCUUGAGGUAUUCUAUAAAUCCUCAUGCAGAAAUUCUUUUUCAGCCUUCUGUCGUAGCAGGUCUCUUACCCUUAUCUAUGAGGUUGCCAGUUUUCUCUUGAAUUCCAACUUUCUGAAGAACCAGCGUGUGGACAAGGAUCUGAUGAAAUUUGUUCGGCUGUCAACAGAGCACUUCUUUGAGUACAUAUUUCCUCUUGAUUGGCGAGAAUCGUUGAGAGAGAACAUGAUAUCUCUGAGGGGAAAUGAAAUUUCAAGGAAUUUACUUGAAGAAGUUAUGUUUGAAAAGAUCAGGUCAAACAAUAGUGGUUUGUUGUCUUAUGGGGAAACUGGAAAGGUGGCUUUGAUAAUUCUUGGAUCAGGUCAGCUUAAUAUUGAACUAUAUGGGAAGAUACUUGAUGCUUUAGAAUGGAAUGUAGCAUGGAAGGACUUCAUUGGGAGUCUCAAAGAGGAUAGAGUUUCUCCUCAAGUUUUUUCAAUUGGCCAUAUCAAUGAAGGGAAUGGAAGCUCAGAAUCUAGAGCUGGAUCUGCAGCUGGUUAUAUGGAAGAAAUUGGGAAUGAGCCAAUUAUAUUGAAGUUCCUUGAAGCUUUACAAGAUACUUAUAACGCUAACUGGAGGAAGAUAUCUGAUUACAUGUCACCAGUUUGUUUCUUGUAUCUUGUUGAGCGCUAUCUGCUUUUGUUAUCCUUCUUCAAGGGAAACUUUUUCACCACAAAGACUACUUUUGUGGAAUGGCUUAUCUACCAGGAUGGGGUACCCAGCUCAAUUUCCAGUUUUAUGGCUGAUAAGCAACAAUUUUUGGAAGACAUUCUAAAAUUUGUAAUUGACAUGGUCCAGCAGAUCCUCUAUUUCAAGGAAGAGACCAUUGAUUGGAUUAAAAAGUCUCGUAUAAACGUGAGGGAGUACCAUUCCCUAAUGGUUUUGAGACUGGUUAUCAUUUUAUGUUUGCUUCAUUUGAACUUUGGCAAGUGUAUUGAUUUACUUUUUGACUUGCUGGAUCGAAAGCAUAUUACAGAUCUACUGCCCAAGGAUUUUUAUGAUGCCCUUUGGAGAAGGCGGAGAUAUAAUUGUCUGGAUGUCGUGCUUGCUCAUGCAUUUAAAAUAAUUGGAAAUCCUCUCAUAAUUGUGAGCAUGGGGGUAAACGGUCCUAAAUUUGGAUGCCAGGAUGCUAUAUUUGUUGAUAUGAAGGUCAAUCCAUGCAAGGAGGAAAUAUUGAGAAUCUUGUUCCCUAGAACUGGAAGUUCUGAAUAUCGAACUGAUGAUUUUUGUGGUGAAGUUCUUCCUCCAGCCAGUUAUGAUGAAGGGAAGAGCUUGAAGAUUGUUCCUACUUCAAGCUCUGGUUCUCUGUCAGAUCAACACUUGAAUGCUCAGAAUCAAGAUGAUGGUGACAUACUGAUUAACAAUGUUCAUUUUUGGGAAAUUGUCGAGGCCUUGAAGGCAGUGAGUGGCAUCAAGGAUCAAUUGACCAUUAGGUCAUAUGCUUCAAAAAUGAGGGUGUACCUGGAUAAAUGCGUUUCCCUCCUCAAUGCUGCAACAAAAGGAUGUUUGGAGAAGAAAUCUAGAGGUAGUGAAGACAACUUUUCAAGGGAAGUAAUCAACAUGCUUGAGGAAAUGGAGCAACUCCAAACCCAACUGGAACCAAAUGAGCUGAAACUUGAAAGUAGCAUUCCAAUAAUUGGAGCCCUUUGCGAGGAGCUGCAUUUAAGAAGGUCUAGAAUUGAGCCUUUUCUGCGGCAGCUAUUCAUGCAGCAAGAUGAAGAUCUUAUAUCUGAUAAAUCUGGCGGCCGAUGUGAUAUAGAAGAGAGUAGCAGUAAGGCUGAGGAAUGUAGUAUGGGUAAGAAUCCGGCUUCAGAAUCUACUGUCAAUUGCAAACCCCAAGGGAACAGUAAAUCUAAGAAAAACAACAGGAGUCGUGGCUGCAAAAGUAAGUAGAUAAGCAUUCCUCAAAAUUCUAGAGGGUGUAUUACUGAUCUAUAUUCACGGUGGUUGCAUAUUACUCUCCUUGUAGCAUAGAUCUUUUAUUUCUUUUAAAUUAUGCUAGAACUUCUGCUAUGACUAUAACACACAUCUAUUCUUAUUUUAUAAACCACUCUAUCCACCUUAUUGUAUCCAACUUAUGGUGGAAUCCAUAGUCUGAACUGAGUUUGAAGCAAAGUGCCCAAUGUGUAUGGAACUGCUCAAUUCUAUUGCUAAUCAAAAGUAAGAAGCUUCCGGUAAUUCAGUUAUAUGUUGAAUAGAUUACAUACCUUUCCGCAUUGAAGAACGUGAUAUGAAAAACCAAUGUCCCUCGC